AUGCUUCCCCAAACACGGGCACGCAUCCCGGCUGCUCUCCGGAGCUUGUCUCGGUCGAACAUUCGAACUCUUUCAACCACUCUCCCUCGCUUCCAGAAUGACGAUAAAGCCCUCAACAAGGUCUCCCGUACCAUCACCCAGCCCAAGUCACAGGGUGCUUCCCAGGCAAUGUUGUACGCAGUCGGCUUGGAAGAGGCCGAUAUGAACAAGGCCCAGGUCGGCAUUUCCUCAGUGUGGUUCAACGGCAACCCUUGCAAUAUGCAUUUGCUUGACCUGAACAACAAGGUCCGCCAGGGUGUUCAGGAUCAAGACUUGAUUGGCUUCCAGUUCAACACCGUCGGUGUCAGUGAUGCUAUUAGUAUGGGUACCCCCGGUAUGCGUUACUCUCUGCAGAGUCGUGACCUUAUUGCCGAUUCCGUGGAGACCGUAAUGGGUGGACAAUGGUACGAUGCCAACAUCAGUAUUCCCGGCUGUGACAAGAACAUGCCCGGUGUCCUGAUGGCUAUGGGUCGUAUCAACCGUCCUAGUCUGAUGGUCUACGGUGGAACCAUCAAGCCCGGCUGCGCUGCUACCCAGAACAACGCCGAUAUCGACAUUGUGUCUGCUUUCCAGGCCUACGGUCAAUUCCUUACCAAGGAGAUUACCGAGCCCCAGCGCUUUGACGUCAUCCGUCACGCCUGUCCCGGUGAGGGUGCUUGCGGUGGUAUGUACACUGCCAACACCAUGGCUUCCGCCAUUGAGACCAUGGGUAUGACCCUUCCCGGCUCAUCUUCCAACCCGGCCAACUCCCAGGCCAAGUACCUUGAGUGUCUCGCGGCUGGUGGUGCCAUCAAGAGACUGCUCGCUGAGGACAUUCGCCCUCGCGACAUUCUUACUCGUCAGGCCUUCGAGAACGCCAUGGUUGUUGUCAACAUCACUGGUGGCUCGACCAACGCUGUGCUACACUUGAUUGCUAUCGCUGACUCUGUCGGCAUCAAGCUCACCAUUGAUGACUUCCAGGCUGUGUCCGACCGGAUUCCCUUCCUGGCUGAUCUCAAGCCCUCUGGCAAGUACGUCAUGGCCGAUCUCCACGCCGUUGGUGGUACCCCGGCACUUCUCAAGCUUCUCCUCAAGGAGGGUCUUAUCGAUGGCUCUGGUAUGACCGUUACUGGUGAGACCAUGGCUCAGAACCUGGAGAAGCUCCCUGGCUUCCCCGACGACCAGAAGGUCAUCCGCCCCUUCUCCAACCCUAUCAAGAAGACUGGUCACAUUCAGAUCCUCCGCGGUUCUCUCGCCCCUGGUGGCAGUGUCGGCAAGAUCACCGGUAAGGAGGGCAUGACUUUCACCGGAAAGGCCCGCGUGUUCGACAGUGAGGAUGACUUCAUCGCCGCUCUGGAGCGUGGGGAAAUCAAGAAGGAGGAGAAGACCGUUGUUGUCAUUCGCUACUGCGGCCCUAAGGGUGGCCCUGGAAUGCCUGAAAUGCUCAAGCCCUCUAGUGCCCUCAUGGGAUACGGUCUCGGUAACUCCUGUGCCCUCAUCACCGAUGGUCGUUUCUCCGGUGGUUCCCACGGUUUCUUGAUCGGUCACAUUGUCCCUGAGGCUGCUGUCGGUGGUCCCAUCGGUCUUGUCAACGAUGGCGAUAUCAUCACUAUCGAUGCUGAGAAGCGCAUUCUUGAUGUCGAACUCACCGACGCUGAGUUUGCCGAUCGUAAAGAGAAAUGGGAAGCCCGCAAGGCUGCUGGUGACCUCCCUGAGACUGGUCUCACCAUGCGUGGUACUUUGGGCAAAUAUGCCAGAAACGUCCAGAACGCCAGUCUGGGCUGUAUCACUGAUGCUCUAGAGUAA